CUCGUUUACAAAUAACACGUCUGUGUGUUCGAGAGGAGAGUACACACACAAAAUAUUUAUAUAUCAAUCGCAAUCAUAUUCACUCAGUAAAUAUUUUUCUUUGUAAUAAUAUGACCACGAAAUCCUGAUGCGUAUACCGCGCUGUAAAAGUAAACUCUGUAUUUACCGCUGAGCUGAGGGUGAGCUGAGUUUAUCUGAGUUGAGUUUAGUUGAGGUGAGCUGAGCUGAGUUGAGUUUAUCUGAGCUGAGGUGCUGCAGUGCAGUCGGAAGGACGGAAUGAGAGAUCCUCUGAAGAUCCUCUGAAAUCCUCUGAAGAUCCUCUGAAAUCUCACUGAACGCGGCUCGUGGAGGCUGGAGGAAGUGACGCAGGAUGCGGAAGUGACGCGGGGAAAAUUCCCAUAAUGUUCAGUCAUUGAGUAAAGAAGAGGAACACAAAGGAGUGUAUGAUGUCGGGUUUACAGGAGUGAGUGAGUGAAUCGCAGUGGAGUGUUCGUGUGUGUGUGUGUGUGUGUGUGAGAGAGAGAGAGUAUGUGUGUUAGUGUGUGUUAGAGAGAGAGUGUGUGUGUGAGAGAGAGAGAGAGAGAGAGAGAGAGAGAGUGUUAGUGUGCGUGAGAGUGAGUGAGUGAGUGUGUGUGUGUGAGAGAGAGAGAGAGAGAGAGAGAGAGAGAGAGUAUGUGUGUUAGUGUGUGUGUGUGUGUGAGAGAGAGAGAGAGAGAGAGUAUGUGUGUUAGUGUGUGUUAGAGAGAGAGAGUGUGUGUGUGAGAGAGAGAGAGAGAGAGAGAGAGUGUUAGUGUGCGUGAGAGUGAGUGUGUGUGUGUGUGAGAGAGAGUAUGUGUGUUAGUGUGUGUUAGAGAGAGUGUGUGUGUGUGAGAGAGAGAGAGAGAGAGUGUUAGUGUGCGUGAGAGUGAGUGUGUGUGUGUGUGUGUGUGUGUGAGAGAGAGAGUAUGUGUGUUAGUGUGUGUUAGAGAGAGAGUGUGUGUGUGAGAGAGAGAGAGAGUGUUAGUGUGCGUGAGAGUGAGUGUGUGUGUGUGUUAGAGAGAGUGUGUGUGUGUUAGUGUGUGAGAGAGUGUGUGUGUGAGUGUGUGUGAGUGUGUGUUAGUGUGUGAGUGUGUGUUAGUGUGUGAGUGUGUGUUAGUGUGUGAGUGUGUGUUAGUGUGUGAGUGUGUGUUAGUGUGUGUGUGUGUGUGUGUGUUAGUGAGUGUGUGUUAGUGUGUGUGUGUGUGUGUGUGUGUGAGAGAGUGUGUGUGUGUGAGAGAGAGAGUGUGUUAGUGUGUGUGAGAGAGAGAGUGAGAGAGUGUGUGUUAGUGUGUGUGUGUGUGUUUGAGAGUGUGUGUGUGUUUGAGAGAGAGAGAGAGAGAGAGUGUGUGUGUGUGUGUGUGUGUGUAGCAUAGUAGCCUAAGUACAGAAGGGACAGUGGUGUGUGUAAGAGACAGACAGACAGAGAGUGAGUGAGACACCUGGGGCUGAUGUGAAACUCGUCUCCGUGUAAAGGUUAACGGAUGCUGACUUCUGGGCAAUGGACCUCUCUCAGAUGACACCACUGUCCUCCGCUCCGACGCUCAGGGCAUGGUGACCGCUGUCAGGUGGCGUUGAGCCGGAGCCGAGCGGGCCUGAGGAGGAGAAUCAGGAAGGAGAAGGCGUGAUAGAGGAAGAGAGAGGAGGAGAGAGGAAAAGAGCGUGAAGACACCAUGGGUCAGUGUGUGAAUAAAUGCAAAAACCCUACAUCCUCUCUGGGCAGCAAAAGUGGUGAAAAGGAUGCUGGGAAGUCCCAUGGCAAAAAAGGAAGUGGAGGAGGAGGUGGGCCUAAAGAGGACACCAAGUUUCCUGCCGAUGUCAAUGGCACCAAGUCACCUGAUGUUACCACAGACACCUCUGCAACCACGCCUCUUUCUGAUGUCAGGAAGGAGGAGCCUGUCCGGGAAGGGGAGGGGCUUUCUCUGGCUCGGAUAGAGGAGAUGUUUGUGUGUUAUAAGGAUGAGCACGAAGACGCCAUCUUGGAAGAAGGAAUGGAGCGUUUUUGUAAUGACCUGCACGUUGACCCGGCUGAGUUCAAGGUGCUGGUGCUCGCCUGGAAGUUUCAGGCUGCAACCAUGUGCAAGUUCACAAGACAUGAGUUUGUGGAGGGCUGUAAGGCGAUCCGUGCGGACUCUGUGCAGGGGAUCUCUCAGCGUUUCUCAGCCAUGUUAGAUGACUGUCGCUCUGAGGAGAACUUUAAGGACCUGUAUCGCUUCACGUUCCAGUUCGGGUUAGACUGCGGUGAGGGUCAGCGCUCAUUACAGCGCUGCAUUGCCAUCGCCCUCUGGAGGCUGGUGUUCACUCUGGACACACCACCCGUGCUCGAGCGCUGGCUCCACUUCCUGUCGGAGAAUCCAUGUGGCGUGCGCGGCAUCUCACGUGAUACCUGGAACAUGUUCCUCAAUUUCACGCAGAGUGUCGGGCCCGACCUGACCAACUACAGCGAGGACGAAGCCUGGCCCAGCCUCUUCGACUCCUUUGUGGAGUGGGAAAACGACCGACGCAGGAGGGAACAGGAGCAGCGAGAGACCGAGGGAGGGGACGGGAACACAGAACUCACCGCUGAGCCCGAGCCCACGGCAUGAUGGGAAAGAAACAGCAGGCUGGCAGCGUACAGGAGGACACACAGUCCCUGAAAGUGCAGCAUGAUGGGGAAAUGCAGGGCCAGAACUGAUAACCAUCCGGCAUGGGCCCUAAGCACAACACGGCAUGGCACGGCAUGAUGGGAAACUGUGAAGCUCUGGGAUGGAUGUGAAGAUGAUUAUACCCAGAACCCUUAUUCUAUCUGUAAUGAUCUGAUGACACUGAUGGUCGUUUUAUAUUUUUAGGCUUCAGUGUAACAUAACGGAUGUCCGUAUACUCCCCCGAGUUAUUUUACUGAAAGGGCUCCAAAAAACUAAAUUGUGUUUUUCAGCACUUCUGUUUUAAGUUAUUGUUUUUAUUUCAUGUAAGUUUUUUCGGUAUUUAAAAAAUAAAUAAAUAAAAUUCUUGAAUAUUCUUAAGCCACACCAAACACCAGACGUGUCCCAGACGUCUGUUGCCAUGGCAACAGUGCAACUUGUGAUUUUUUUUUUUUUCUUUCUUGUUGUUUAUAAAAGAAGGGAAAUCUGUUCAAUAUCCGUAAAAUGAUGUCCGGAGAGAGAUCAGGGUGGGGCCUUAACGGUUAACUCCAGCACACAGCCUCUAUGCUUUUACUCUUAUUAUUAUUAUUAUUAUUAUUAUUAUUAUUAUUAAUUCUCUCUCUCUGUGUAAUUUAAUGCAGUUUCAUUUGCAGUCGAAGGUUAUUUUAUCUGCUGUGACUCUCUUCUUUUUUGCGGUUUACAGUUUUUCCCCUUGCAGUGAUUUUUAUUUCUGAUUCCUUUUGUCUGGUUUUAUAUAAAGAUGCUACAAUUUAUAACUAAUAAAAUGUGUG